AUUCAAAAAUCUUUUCCUGCUCUCUCCUCCAACUUCUCCUUCUCUUAUAAACCCUCUUCUCAUGCCAUUCUUACAUCCUCAAACCCCACACCCAAAACCAAACCAAACCAACCCAAAAAUAAUAGAAAUACAUAGCCCCUCUCCCCUGUUUUACAGACUCAAAAAUCUCUCGAAACUCAUCAAGAACACCUUCUGCUACUUUCACAAGUUGACAUCUUCUUGGAUCAUCAUCUGUUCUGCGCCUUCGCCUCUCGCUCGCUAGCUCGCUCUUCUUUUUAUUUAUUUCCAUACAAUUGAUUCAAUUCCAGAGAAUUGAGAUGGGUUACUCUAAACACGACACUAUUUCGUAUCCGAUUCUAUUUUUGAAUCAAUCGGAUUAGAUUUCUAUAUCGAAUCCCCGAGAUUCUUUUUCUUUAUAUCAGUCUAUUUGGUUUUUAUAAUCCUUGACUAAAACUCGGAUCUGGGAAUUCUUUUUUUAUUUUUUUUUUUAUUUUUCAACUCGAAUUUACUUUUCUUUCCCUCUGUGUGUGUGUUUGCGUUUAAUCGAAUCUCUUAGUUUUCUUUUUUACGUGUCUAAGUUUCGGUGACCCAUCUUAAAUUCUCUUCAAUCUCUUUAGUUUUUUAUUCUUUAAACCCAAUACAGCGAGCGGGAUAUUAUUUAUAUUGAGUGGUGCAAAACUCUCAUAGAUAUGGCCGCAGCUAAGAACAGUGGUAAAUCCAAGAAAGGUGUCGACGAAACCCAGAUGGAGAUAGAAAAACGUAUGGACCUUCGCUUCAGCUUGGAAAGGCGCCAAUGGAAGCCGGUUUUAGAUGAAGCUUCCUUGUCACCCAGACCUUUCAAGAAGAUCCGAAGUCCAGAACGCCAACACCCGAGUACACAACAACAGUCAUCUUCUUUCUCUUAUGCUCUUGAUUCAGCUCCGCCAAUCUCUCCUGGUCCUCCCAACCCAUCGCCUACUUCUUCGUCUUCAUCUUCUUCAGCUUCCAGAAUUGUUUUUCCAUUCGCUUACGACGGGUCUGAAUCUCAGACUCAUUUCAACAAACAGUUUACGGGCAACAAUUAUCCCCUGUUCCCACCGGUCUCGCUUCCCCAAAUUCCCCAGAACCAGAUGAUAUCAUUCGGUUCGCACCAACAAAACGCCAUGAGCUAUCACCCUGCGCUCUUCGCAGGCGCCGGCGACGUCCAAAAUCAACAGCAGCUGCUUCAGUACUGGAGCGACGCUUUGAAUUUGAGCCCGAGAGGUAGGAUGAUAAUGAUGAUGAACGGGUUGGGUCCCGAUGGCAGGCCGAUUUUCCGGCCACCGGCACCGGUUCAGCCCAUCAACACGACCAAGCUUUAUAGGGGAGUGAGGCAACGGCAUUGGGGGAAAUGGGUCGCCGAAAUUCGUCUCCCUCGGAACAGGACACGCCUCUGGCUAGGCACCUUCGACACCGCCGAGGACGCUGCCUUGGCCUACGACCGAGAGGCCUUCAAGCUCUGUGGAGAGAAUGCCAGGCUGAAUUUUCCCGAGCUUUUCCUCAACAAAGACAAGUCCGACUCAUCGGCCGGACCGAGCUCCGCCAGUUCUUGUCCUAAUAAGCCGCACGAAAGUUCCAAAAAAACCAUUCAUCGAAACCAGCCUGAAGCUCAAGAGGAGCAGAAUAUUGAGGCAUCGGAUUUGGAAAGAAUGCCGCCGCCUGCUCGAGACGACAAUCCCGAUGAGGAUUCGGGGCUUGGGUCUACGGCAAAUGACGAGGUUCAGGGAACUUCUGCAGGGGAAGGUGGUGUUGUGUCUCAGUCUCAGGAGUUGGUUUGGGGUGACAUGGCUGAAGCUUGGCUGAAUGCAAUUCCAGCAGGUUGGGGUCCUGGAAGUCCUGUUUGGGAUGAUUUGGACGCCAACAAUAACCUUCUCUUGCAAUCACAUGAUCUCCAAUUCGCCAAUCCAAACCAGCAUGAGCUAAACCAACAAGCACCUCAAGAUAUUCAGAACCAGAGGUACUACUGUGAGAAAUUUGGUUCAUCAACAACUUCUUCCUCUUCAUAUCCCAUGAAGCCUUUCUUUUGGAAAGAUCAAGAUGAUCCAUAAGUUUGCACUCUCUUCAUUUUUCUCAAGGGGGUAAGGAAAGCAUGCAAAAUUAUUUUUCUUUAAUUCCAUAUCCUAGUGGAAUUCGACUUCUUCACCUUCCUGCUUCCCAAAGGCUGCAUUUUUUAGGCCUUUAUAGCAGUAGUGGCGUUAACCUUAGUUCGUUUGGGUCCUGCCCAUUUCUUCCUUUACCAUUAGUAUUGUCAUUAUAGUCAUUAUGGCUUAGUAAUAUGUACUCUCGACCUUGAAAGUGGGAGACGGUUUUGUGAUCUCCUUCUCAAAAAUGGGUUGUUCGAUCCAUCAUGAGCCUUGGUUUUUAUGCUCCAUGGAUUGAAGAAGGAAAUUAUAGCUUUCUUUUUGUACACUCUUGGGACUUUUUGUCACCAUUAUCUAUCCUUACAUUGUAUUACGACUAUGUAUUAUUUUCCAUUUCUGUUGUUUAUUAUGUAGUUUGUAAUGAUGAAAGAUGUUUACUAGUAAAUAUUUAUUGGAGUUGAACUUUGUGUU